AUUACUAACAAUGUUAGAGAACGAUGACAUCGAGAUCGCAAGUUACUUUAAGUCAAAUUUGCUGGCUUGUCGGCAAGCGAUCGACGAGGAUUUCAAAAAAUUCGCGUCUCUAAAUACCAAUGGCGAGCGGGUCUCUUUUUUGCUCAGCCAUCCCGAGGCUCAUUAUCUUACUCUCGAGGUCGAAAACUGUCCAGUGAAAAACAUCGAGAAUGCGCUGAAAAUAAAGGAAACCGGAAAUAAAUAUUUCGGACAGGGUAAUUAUUUGCAGGCACUUGAAAUUUAUUCAAAUGCUAUUUUGGUGACUCCCAAGAAAGAUCUAGGAAUAUUUUUAGCAAACCGUUCCGCGGCUCUGUACAAUCUAGAUCUACAUGAACUAGCGCUCUCGGACGCAAAUGAAGCCUUUCAAAUCGGAUAUCCCAAAGAACUGGCAUAUAAAUUAGAAGAGCGACGCGCCCGAUGUUAUCUCGCACUUAAAAACAACACGCAGGCCAUUGAGUCAUUCAAAAAAACUCUGAUAAAUUUAGACGAUACCAAAUUACUGCUGGAGAAGAAGCAGAAACUGGAGAUGGACAUACGGAUGAUGCUGGCAGUGAUGGAAAAAGGAAAGGAGUUGAAUAAAUCAAACAAAAACAAAAACAAUCUAGUCAAACAAUCAACGUCUAGAAGCGAACUUCCAAAAAUAGUUGACUGCAAUCCGCUUUACCCGAACUGCAGUUCCGCGGUCGAGAUCCGCGAGACAGCGGAUGCGGGAAGACACGGGAUCGCGACGCGCGACAUUGAACCGGGGGAAGUUUUGAUAGUCGAAAAGCCACACAGUGCGAUGUUGCUUGGGGAAUACAGACUGAAAAAUUGCCAGUACUGCUUUAAAAAAAAUGUCGCGCCGUAUCCAGCGGCGUGCGAUACCUGCGCUAUCAUCGCGUACUGCAGCACCCGGUGCCGCGACGACGACAGCAAAGCGCAUCUCAAUGAAUGCAAACUUCUGGCCCCUUUAUGGCUGUCCAACGUUUCCGUCACCUGCCUGUUGGCCAUCAAAGCAAUUCUGCAAAAGCCGUGGUCCAAACUGAAGGCUUUGAAAGAUGAUUUUUACAAAACUAGAUCAUCUUUCAGACCUACCGCUGAGCAUACUUUCAAGGGAAGUGACUACUUGUCUUAUUGGUCUCUCGUGACUCAUGAGAGUGAAAGAACUAUCGAUGAUUUAUUCCACCGCGCUUAUAUGACAGCAUGGUUGCUACGAGUACUGAAAUUAAGUUCUUAUCUUCCGGAUAACGUUAAAUCACAGCCGGGAGAACCGCUCACUGAAGACGAAUUAUAUGCAGCAGAUCUACUGUGCCAUCAUUUGCAACUUUUGCAAUUUAAUACUCAUGAAAUUUCCGAGAUAGUGAAGCCCAGAGGGGAAAUUAAUUUGGCCAAAUGUAAAAAUAAUUUUAUUGGCGGUGGGUUGUAUCCAACUCCUGCGCUAUUGAAUCAUUCUUGUAAUCCAGGGAUUGUUCGUUAUUUUGUAGGCACAACAAUGAUAGUUCGUUCAAUUCGAACAAUAAGAAAAGGUACUGAAGUUUGCGACAAUUACGGGCCUCAUUUCGCGACAACAGAGGAAUCGGAUCGCAAACGAAAAUUACGAUUGAAUUAUUGGUUCGACUGCAACUGCGAAGCUUGCGACCAACACUGGCCGCUACUCAAUGAAAUAAAUCCCAAAUUAUUGAGAUUUAGAUGCGAGACAGGAGCAGCCUGCGGCAAUGUUCUGCGAGUGAACGUCGACUCAAAUGAAUUUAUGGCCAACUGCAGCAAGUGCGGUAAGAGCACAAAUAUUAUGAAAGGAUUAAAAGCUCUUCAGGACACUGACGCGCUCUUCAAAGUCGCCUCGAGACAUCUUGAAGACGGCGAGAACUCCGAGGCGCUGGAUACUUAUUUAAAAAUAUUGAAAAUUCUUGACGAGACUCUUGCGCUGCCCAUCAAAGACUACUAUCUCUGUCAGCAGGGUGUCAAACUCACCAUGCUGCCGCUCGGCAACACGGCUGUGAUAUAAAAAAUUGUACUAC